AUGUUUCAUAAAAAGUUAAUAGCUUUUCACCAUCUUUCCUUCUUCCCGGCCGCCGCAGCCACGAAGGUCGAGGUGUGCAGUUUCAGUGGGUACAAGAUUUACCCGGGACACGGGAGGUGCUACGCCAGGACCGAUAAGAAGGUUUUCCAAUUUCUUAAUGCAAAAGGCGAGUCAGUGUUCCUUUCCGAGAGGAAUCCUCGACAGAUAAACUGGACCAUCCUCUACAGAAGAAAGCACAAAAAGGGACAGUCGGAAGAAAUUCAGAAGAAGAGAACCCGCCGGGCAGUCAAAUUCCCGAGGGCCAUCACUGGUGCAUCUCUUGCUGAUGUAAUGGCCAAGAUGAAUCAGAAACCUGAAGUUAGGAAAGCUCAACAAGAACAAGCUAUCAGGGCUGCCAAGGAUGCAAAAAAAGCUAAGCAAGCAUCUAAAAAGACAGCAAUGGCUGCUGCUAAGGCUCCCACAAAGGCAGCACCUAAGCAAAAGAUUGUGAAGCGUGUGAAGGUUUCUGCUCCUCAUGUUGGUGGAAAACACUAAGUUGGCCAAUCAGAUUUUUAAAUAAAGACUUACCAAGUUAAGAA